AUGCUCCCGCCUCCCGCCCUGGUCCCUGCGGAGCGGGCAGCCAGCGCAGGAGGCUCUAAUGGCUUCGAGCGGCUCUUGAUGGGCCGCGAUGGAGGCGGGAGCAGGAGGGGCUGUGGUUUCUGCCUCCGCCAGAGCCGGAGCUGCCUCUGCCCAGUAUCGGCCAGGAAGAUGCUGAGUGGGCUCCUGCUCCGGCUGCUCCUCACCACGGCUCUGUGCCCUGGCCUCCUCGGGACAGUCUCAGUGCAGAACCUGCACCUCUGCGAGGGCUACAUGGGCCCUGGCGGCCGCUACCACCCCGGCUUCUACUGCCCGCGGCUGAGUGACCCAGCUGGCCACCGCUACUGCUGCUGGCCCAGCCCACACGCCCUCAAAUCCUGCUGCUCCCAGCCAGCCUUGGAGGCCCUCAGCGGGGUGAACCUCUCCAGCCUGGCUGGCCCAGGCCUCCUCCGGAAUCCCCUGGCCCUGCCCUUUGUGGGGAACCUGCCCGGCCGCCCUGGCCUGUUGGGGCUGCACUGCUGGCGCCUGCCCCAGCCUGCCCCCCUUCACCGGCUGCGCUGGGAGGUCCCUGAAGCCCCUGGGAAGGGUCUUGAGGACUACGCCAAGGCAGAGACCGAUGCGUCUAAAGGUACAGUCAGUGGUGGCUGGCAGGGGACUGGCCUCUGCACGCUGCUGCUCGUCUGGGUGGGCUGGAUCAGUCCAGGGCCUUUGCGGUAG